CGAACGAGAAUGAACACAGAGCCGUGUAGACCAGUAGCUAUCAAUUAGACCACAUGAUGGUCGACUUCAAGAAGCUCUUCAAUCGCAAGAAUCACAAGACCAUUCGUCCGAAACGGCCAGAGUAUGAAGAUAAAAACGUUCAGCCAUGUCUGCCCAAAACUCGAAACCGAUCGUUGUCUGUGUAUGAAUCUGGUCAGAAUACAUCGGGGCUCCUGUGGAAGCUGCCGGUCGAGCUUCGUCGCCGCAUCUACGAUGAAGUCCUCGGCCAUCGCAAAGUCCACCUGCUGUUCGAAUUCGCACCACGCAAGUACCGUAGGGACAGAACGAAUAAGAAAGAGAUCUUAGAGUGGCGGUGGUGGCAUUGCAUUUGCACCUGGGACCAAACCAUGGACAGUUAUUCUUCGGGCAUAUGGUUUGACCGAUGCAAAGACGUGGCUGUUAAUGGGAAUCCAGGCUCUUCGACUGGAAUGAUGGGAAGACUGAAACUAGAUUUCGCGAUUCUACUAACAUGUCGACAAAUAUACUCGGAAGCAAUCGACAUCCUUUACAGCACCACAAUAUUUGAUUUUGGUACUCGCCAGCUUCUGUGCGAUUUCCCAUCUCUAGUCCUCCCACAGCGCUUUGCACUCAUUAGCGCCAUUGAGAUGAUAUGGGAAUUUAUCGAUCUCGGUUUAUCGCCCAUCGACACCAAACGGACGCAACUGUAUCGGGAUAUGUGGGCCAUGCUUGCCGCUAUGCCUAACCUCCGGCACCUCAAGAUCGCGGUCGCAUCUCACGAAUGUCCUGAUCCCGCACCGCCUGACUUGAAGGAAGUAUGGCUAGGGCCUCCAAAGCAGCUAGGAAAAUUGGAUGUGUUUGUGGUGUUGGUUCCUGAUUCGUACGCGAGAAGUUUUGAUUUCAGCGUCGAUGAAGGGUCGAAUUUUACGCUGGAUUCAUUCCCGGAUAUAGUUACAAUGCAUUGUAUGUGAAUCUCGGCCAACACGUGAUCACCAUCUUGAUGUGGGAGUAAAUAUGGAUUAUCAAAGGACGAAUGGUUUGUUUUGUAUAGGACAAGCCUGGGAUUGCAAUACAUUCCGGGGUUAUAUAAGUAAUGAUUGGAGUUUAUCAUGAAAAUCGUCU